AUGGGAAAAUGCCACAUGCAAGUAUCCAUGCUACAUGCAGUUGAGCCUGCUCUGUGUUAUGAGGAACGAGAAGCUGCAGAGAAGGAAAGAGAGGAGAUUGACAAGCUGAGAAACAUGACGGAGGAAGAGAGACGAAUUGAGUUGCGCAACAAUCCCAAGGUAAUCACCAACAAAGCUACGAAAGGGAAAUACAAGUUCCUGCAGAAGUACUACCACCGUGGUGCCUUCUUCCUGGAUGAGGAGGAGGAUGUGUUCAAGAGGGACUUCUCCGGAGCAACACUUGAAGAUCACUUUGAUAAGACUAUUCUGCCUAAAGUCAUGCAAGUCAAGAACUUUGGCCGCUCGGGUCGGACCAAGUACACGCACCUUGUAGACCAGGACACCACCUCAUUUGACUCCCCCUGGGCUGCUGACUCGCAAAUGAACCACAAGUUCUUCAAUGGCAAUGCAGGCGGGAUGAAGCAGAUGUUCGACAGGCCUACUGUCAAGAAGCGUGCUGCCCCAGCUGCCAACAACAAUGCCAAUGUCCGGAAGUAAAGAGAGGAUUGGUGUGAGGGAGGGAAGGGUGACAGGAGGAAAGGAUGGGAAGAACUGAAGAAAGAAUAAAGUGGAACAUAAAUGGUGUAAAUUGGACAAGAAGGGAGAUAGUGGUUCUUUGCUUUGGGUACAAAUGACCCUUACAAAUUGCAUUUGUUGCAGACAGAGUUGCAGUUUUUUGUAUUUGAAAAUAUGAUAGAAAUGCCCCUUAAGAGUAAAAUUGAAAUGGUAGGAAUAUGAAAGAAGUUCACCCACACUCAUUGACAUGUAUAACAGCUACACUUACACACUUGCUCAUUUUCUGUUUUUGCCUCUCUUUAUUCAUUCAUUUUUAAUAGUUCAUUCAUUCAUUCAUCAAAUCAUAAAAACAGAAAAAUUCAUAAAUCCAUAAAAAGAGAUGCCUGUUUGGCCUUAUCACUAAUUCAGCAGACAAACACACACGCAACUAGAGUACAUACACUACCAUAUUUAGUUUUAAAUAACUGUAUAUGAUGCAUAUAUUAUCAGAUCCAGGGGGAGCAAUUAGUACUACCUUCACACAUUUAUUGAAGGCAUAAAAAUUGCAAUUGAUAGUGAAUAAAUAAUAAUUAUAAUUGACUAAUUUUAUUGAAUGUGAAGAAUCAUGAAAGAUAGAUGCAUAUUCUUGUAAUUUUCCUCAAGAUUACUGGUAGAAGUUGUGACUUGUCCAGACAUGUUUUUAUUAAGAGUACAUUAUGUGUACUUUACUAAUCAUGUUCAAUUACAUUGUACAUUUCUUGACAUGCAACUUAUUUUAUUUUACAUUUUUUGUUUUAGGAAUAGGGGGUUAACUGUGAAGCAGUAAAGUCAUUUUGUAUGAAUGUGUGAAUUUAUGAUAUUGAUUUUGUAAUAAAGUAGCAUAAAACUUUAAGGAAA